UUUAUGUGUAUACGUCUUGGACGGUCCCGUUUCCUGUGUUACAUACAACACAAGCUUCUUCUGCUUCUUUCUUGUUUUCUCUCUGCCAAUUCAAAUUACUCUUUUCUCUGCAAAAUUUUCAGGUUGCGUUUUCCGGGAUUUCGCGUUCCGCGUAAUUGCGUAUCGUUUUUCGAGAUCGAAGCCAACCUUUCAAUCUCCGCUUAAUUCCCUUGCCUUUCCGUUUUCCCCUGAGUUUUCAAAAGGGACAAAAAAGGACUCAAUCUUUGCGUUCUUUCAUUCCUUGGCUGCUCCAUUGUUCGAUUCAGCGUUUCGAAACCCACCUCCGCGUGUCACGUGACUCGCAGAGCGGUUCAAGAUUCAAAACCCGUGCCAAUUCCGUCAUAAAUUACCUAUUCGCCCAAGCCUCGCGAGGUUUGGGUCCCGAAUUGCGCGAUUCGAAUGCAAUUAGGGUUUUGCGGUGCGCGGAAUCGUCGUGGCCGAUGGUUGCAGCAUGAUAGUUAAGCGGACGAUGAAAACCGAAACGCCGAACUUUAAACGGUGUAAGAUGGAGGAGGCCGAUUCCGGGAAUGCGAUUCCGAAGAAGCGUAGGGUGAACGGGUUUUACUCGCUGGGAAUGCCCGGCGACGCUGAAUAUUUCAGCAGUGGUUCUGGUUCUUGGAGCAGUGAGGGAUCGUAUUGGGGUGGUGGUGAGGUUCAGUCCAAUUCGAAUUUGGUGCCGUUUAAUCGGAAAACGGCGAAGGAGGCACGCCGGCCGCCGCUGCUGCGGUCCUCACGCGGGCGCCUCCAGAAGCUUCCGUCGCGGUUCAAUGAUUCGGUUCUUGACACGUGGAAGAAAGCGGAGGAGGAGAACGAGGAAGGAGAGUCGUGCUUUGAAGAUGACAAGAGUUUUGUGGAGGAUGGUAGGGGUGGCAUUGAGAAGUGUGACAGUGUGUGUUAUUCGUCUAGGACUGUUAAGGCUGAAAGCAAUACGUCUGGUCUUAGUUUUGAGGGUGUGGACCAAAAGCCCAAUGGUGGGAAGAGGAAAGAGGUUUACAAGCCUGGGGAUUUUGCUUUGGGGGAUAUAGUUUGGGCUAAGUGUGGGAAGAGGUAUCCGGCUUGGCCUGCUGUGGUCAUUGAUCCUGUCUUGGAGGCUCCGGAGUCUGUUCUUAGCUGUUGUGUUCCGGGUUCGCUUUGCGUGAUGUUUUUCGGUUAUUCGAAAAAUGGAACUCAAAGGGACUAUGCGUGGGUGAAACAGGGAAUGGUGUUUCCCUUCUCGGAAUUCAUGGACAGGUUUCAGGGGCAGACCCGGUUGUACAAGAGCAAACCGAGUGACUUUCGCAUGGCACUGGAGGAGGCAAUGCUGGCAGAAGAUGGUAUUCUCGAAUCACAUUUGGGAGGAGAGGAAGUAGCUGAUGCAGAAGCUCAUCCUGAUGGACUUAUGGAGGCCACACGUUCAUAUGUUGACGAUGAAUAUUUUGGUCUGGAUCAGGAUACAAGGUAUUGUGCUGGCUGUGGUAUGUUGUUGCCAUGCAAAACCAUGAAGAAGAUUAAGGAUUCAAACUGUACACCCCAAUUUUAUUGCAAACAUUGUGCUAAGUUACGAAAAUCAAAACAAUAUUGUGGCAUUUGCAAAAGGAUUUGGCAUCAUUCAGAUGGUGGGAAUUGGGUGUGUUGUGAUGGUUGUAAUGUGUGGGUUCAUGCUGAGUGUGAUAAAAUUUCCAGCAGACUUUUCAAGGAUCUGGAAAAUACAGAUUACUAUUGUCCAGAGUGCAAAGAAAAAUUCAAUUGUAAAUUACCAGCAUCACAAACACACAAGGAAAAAAUCAAAUCAAUAGAGAGUAGCCAAAAACCUAUGAUACCUGAGACCGUAUUGGUGGUGUGCAAUGGCAUGGAAGGAAUUUACAUCCCAAAGCUUCAUCUAGUCAUGUGCAAGUGUGGCUCUUGUGGUUCAAGGAAGCAGACACUUAGUGAAUGGGAAAAGCAUACAGGUUGCAGAGCGAAAAAAUGGAAACAUAGUGUGAAAGUGAAAAGCACAAUGCAACCACUGGAAAAAUGGAUGGCAGAACACAUUCCACUUGAGGGAAUACCCCAGCAGUUAGAUCAACAGCAGGUGCUGGCUUUUUUGCAAGAGAAGUACGAGCCAGUUAAUGCAAAAUGGACAACCGAAAGAUGUGCUGUUUGCAGAUGGGUUGAAGACUGGGAAGAUAACAAAAUGAUUAUUUGUAACAGAUGCCAAAUAGCAGUCCACCAAGAAUGCUAUGGGGCAAAGAAUGUUAAAGAUUUUACUUCUUGGGUUUGUAGAGUAUGUGAAACUCCUGACGUUGAGAGAGAGUGUUGCCUCUGUCCAGUAAAAGGUGGUGCUCUAAAGCCAACUGAUGUUGAAAUGUUGUGGGUUCAUGUAACAUGCGCUUGGUUUCGACCUCAGGUUGUUUUCCAAAACCAUGAAGCCAUGGAACCUGCCAGAGGAAUCCUCAAAAUCCCUCCUAAUUCUUUUGUGAAGACUUGUGUGAUCUGUAAACAGAGCCACGGUUCCUGUAUAACUUGUUGCAAGUGUGCUACUUAUUUUCAUGUGAUGUGUGCAUCAAGGGCUGGAUAUACAAUGGAAUUGCAUUCCAUGGAGAAGAAUGGGACUCAAAUAACAAAGAAGCUAAUAUAUUGUGCAAUCCACAGGGUCCCAAAUCCAGAUUCAGUACUGGUUGUACACACACCGCUGGGGGUUUUCUCUCCCAGAACUUCACUUCAAAAUCAGAAGGGAUGCUUCAGGGGAUCAAGGCUAAUUUCAUCAAAAAAUAUGGAGCUUAAUGAAUCUUCAAUCACUGUAAAUGAUAUGGUUGAGCCGCUGUCUGCUGCCAGAUGUCGUGUGUUCCGAAGGUCUCCUAAUAAGAGGGCAGAUGUGCCAAUAAUUCACUUGCUGAGGGGACCCAGCCUUCAUUCUUUGGGUGCAAUAACUCAGUUGAAUCACUAUAAGGAUGCUGAAGAAUCUAAAGUAUUCACUUCUUUCAAGGAACGUCUUCACCAUUUAUGGAAAACGGAAAAACUUAGAGUUUGCUUUGGUAAAUCGGGCAUUCAUGGAUGGGGCCUUUUUGCUCGUAGAGAUAUACAAGAAGGAGAGAUGGUUGUUGAGUAUCGUGGUGUGCAGGUAAGGCGUAGUGUUGCUGAUCUGAGGGAAGCAAAAUACCGUUCAGAAGGCAAAGAUUGCUAUCUGUUCAAGAUCAGUGAGGAAGUGGUAGUUGAUGCAACGAACAGUGGCAAUAUAGCACGUUUGAUAAAUCAUUCUUGCAUGCCGAACUGCUAUGCAAGGAUCAUGAGUUUGGGGGAUGAGGAGAGCCGGAUAGUUCUUAUUGCCAAGACCAAUGUUUCUGCUGGUGAAGAAUUAACGUAUGAUUACUUGUUCGAUCCAGAUGAGCGGGAUGAAUUGAAAGUUCCCUGCCUUUGCAAAGCCCCCAAUUGUAGGAGAUUUAUGAAUUAGAUUUAGUUUUGUUUUUCGCUCUUUGAGCAAUUGCAGUUUACCAAACCACACUAAACAUUUGUUCAUUCAGCCAUUUUUAAUUUUUUUUUUACUAGUUUAGUGUAAUUUGUAUAUCAUUAUUAUUAAAAAAUAAAAUAGAAAACUUGAGUAAA